CCUCCCGCAACCGCCCGCAACCGCAAACGCUAGCUGGAGCCAGCUUUUGAAUUUAUGAGAUUUAGAGCGGUUUGAAGCGGUUUAGAGCGAUUUGAGUGAUUGUUGCAAACCGCCGACAACCGCUACCAACCGCAAAGCUGCGUUUGCGGGUGAUAGCGGGAAAACCAGUCGCCCUCUAAUUGUAAGCUAGUUGACGUAAGCAAUGUAAAAACUUAAGGUGUUGAAUUUUACCAAAAAAAAAAAACUUAAGGUGUUGACAACUCAUCAAUACUAAAAUGUAAUUAAUACAACAUAAAGUAUUACAUCGUUUUAAAUGAUUUUCAAAUAAUAUAAACUAGAUAGUAAUCCGUGCUUUGCGUAGGAUAAAAUGUUUAUAUUAACGUUAAAAUUAUAUAUUAUGAUUAUGUAUAACAUAAGGUAUACUUUAAGAGAUAGUUAGAUAGAACUAAAUGUAUAAUUGUUAUCAGGGGCGAAGCCAGAGACUAUUAUAAUGAGUUCACUAAUAUUAAAAUUUGAUAUAUGGUGUUUGCAAGUUUGAGAAGAAGCUUUGGAAAAUGAACUUUUUAUAUUUUGCUUAUCACGUUGUAGUAGCUUUUGACUUAGGAGUUUAACAAAUAAAAUCAAAAAAGAUAGAUCAAUAACAUAUUAUAAUCAAAACAAUAACUGUGUGAAAUAAAAAAAAAGUGUAGCUUCCUUAAAUUCAGAAAACAUAGUUGCAUAAUAAAAAAAGUUAAAAGUUAUUUGACCUUUUAAAUUGUAAAAGUUGUUCCAGAUGCGACCAACACGUGAGACUUGCUGGUGGUUCAUUCUUGGACGUUUUUUCUCAUCUUCAAGGUCGUCUAAUGCAGAGCUCUCAUGGCGGCAAAGGUGAUGACACUCGCAUGCUUAUAUUGCUUGCUCUAGAAGACUAAUACACUAAACCGAGACGAUUUACAGUGAUUCAAUCUCUUCGAAAUAAAGAUUACCUCAUCGAGCAGUAGCAAAACCGAGUAUGACACAUUUUUCUAGAAAUAGAUUUUCAACGUCCUCUUUCAGCAAUGAGAGGCGGUUCUCAAGAACGUGAGUGCUCUGCUAAAUACAUGAAUGUGGGUAUGGAGAAAAAGGUUAUUUCAUUAACAUUUGGCAUUGUACUAUAGUUUCAUCGCUUUGUCCUCUCUACGGAUCUAUCGACUUAAUGGCGAUAGAUCAGAUUGGUUUACCGUUUUUAACAGAAACGUAUAAAGGAAUAAGAAAGCUUUAUUGAUGCUAUGAUUAUAUUGAGAGGAUUAAUAAAUGAACUAAUCGAACUUGAAGCUAAAGGUUUAUCACGUAAAAAUAUUCGUCAAGAAAAAUGUAGAUGGUAUGAAGUUCUUUUAAAGGAAUGUUAGUGUGAACGCACUAAAUUCACAGUUCUGCGUGACAACUAAGUGUUUUACUAAAUAAAUUUUUUUUUUGAAACCACAUCACCACGUCACAUUUUUUGCCAAUAAAUUUUUUAAGUAAGUUUUAAAAUUGUUUCUCUUUUAAUAUACAGGGUAUUGAAUAUUAAUUUUUCUAAUGUACAUGAACAAUAAUGAAGCACUGAAAACGAUGAAUGGGAAAUAAAAUAUUCGUUUGAAAAUUAAAAUGGAAACGAAUCUGUAUAUGAAUGAAACUUUACUUUUGUAUUCAUAAUUUGUAUUUAGUUGCAUAUAAUGUAUGUACUGAUACGGAAAAAAUCAACUGAUAAAGGUAACAUAUUGUUGACCAAAAAAAAAGAAUAUACUGUUGACCAAACAAAAAGAUGAAUAUCAACAAAGUUAUCACACGGAGGAAAAAAGGUUAUCAGAUUUUUGCAUGCCAAUGUUGUGUAUAUAAUGCAUGCUAUGCUCAACAAGUUAAGAAUAUACUGAGUUAAUAUUUACACAGCGUGAGUACGCAUGUGCCUGUAUAUGUCUAUGCAUGCUGUUUUGUUUGUUUCUUUUUCAACGAUGCUCGCGAUUUCUCAUAAUUCUAGAAUUUUUUUGUCUUCUAAUUAUAUUUUUUAUUCAUAGCGUGUAUGUGCAUAUAUAUAUUAAUGUGUAGCUUAUAAAUAUGUAAGUAAUAUAUAUGUAAUAUGUAAUGUUUCUUCUUUACAGAUUUGAAGCGUUUAGAUAUUUUGUUCAAAGAGAUAACAUCGUUCGAAUUAAGGAAUCGCAGGUCACCUUAAUAUUAUAAUCACACCAAAAAGCAAUGUCUCUCGUAGAUGAAUUGCUUGGCGAAGGAGCAGUGGCGGAUUUAUGUGUGUGGAAAAACAAGAUAAAAUCAGGCAUCACAUUUGUUAUUGCCACACAUACCUGGUACCAAUUGGUGAUCAUGGAGACUCGACUUGUACCAUUUCUAUGUUCAACCUUGUUAGUCCUGAUGCUGCUUCUCUUCAUCUGGGUCAAGUUUGGAGAACCCCUUUUCAUUUGGAGAGCUCCCACUCCUGAAGAAAUCAAACAAAAAGAUUCUCCAGUUAGAACCUUAUUUUCAGAGAUCGAAGGUCUUCUCUUGAUGCUGUAUGAGAUUGUGUAUGAGAUUGCAUACGAAGAAGACAUGAAAACCUUACUCUGGGCCAUCCUUUUUGUGGCCAUCAUAUACACUCUUGGGAGCUACAUUAGCCUCCUCACAGUUAUAUAUAUAUGUCUUGUCUGCUUGAUGACGAUUCCAGUUUUGUACCUACUAUUUCAAGAGGUUGUUGACAAUUUCAUUGAGGAUGUAUUAGAAGUGAAGGACAAGAUACUCGAAAUAUUCAAACCAAGCAGAAGAAGUUAUGGGCGUGUCCUAUACUAAAGCAAACCAUAUAUGCUAUAAUAUCAUUGUUGAGCUUAUUUGAUUGAGAAGGGAUACUUGGACACUGUAUCUUUUAAUUUAGUAUUUAAAAAUUCGUAGAUGAUCAUAGAAAGCCAGUUAAAUCUGAAACUUGCAGUGAUAAUAUUAAGGAAACUAUCUAGACAAUGAACCAACUCAUGAGAAUGUAAAAUCUUUAAUAAACAAAGAAGGACGAUUACUUCUUUGCAGAACCUCUCAAGAACGUAUGUGGAAAAUCCACUUUAACACACAAUAAAAGAAGUUCAUGUUCUGUCUUUUUCUGAAGCACAUAAACAUUGUUAUCAUGCAGUAAAGAGGAGAAACAGUAACAUAUUUAAUAAAAAAAUAAUAAUAAUCGACAAUGGAUAGUCUAAACUCUUAAAUAAUGAACUACAUUUUGAUCUGCGCUUGAAAAACGCGGAUUGUUGGAUUAUAUUAUAAUACAAAGUUUUAUUAUAUCGAAAAACAUAAUUUUUAGCAACUAUAUAAUCAACAAAUUAGUUUAUUUGAGAUUUUAAAUAUAUGUACACUUUUACGUAAGUUUCUUUUCGAUAUGAGAAUUAUAUCCGGAUCAAAAAAUAAACCAAACCGACCCAAAAUUAUAGGUUUAGUUCAGGUCCAGAGAAGAUAACCUAUUGGGUUUUUUUGACCCUCAUGUCUUUGUUUGAAUCCGGGUUCUACCCUAGACCCGAUCAUAAAUAUGUGUUUAUUAGGUAUAUUUGGAUAUUCCGAAUAUGUUUCCGGUAUUAUGGAUAUUGUUUUUAAGUUUUUGGUUUACGAUUAGAGUUUUGAUUUCAUGUAAAUUUUUCAAAUU